UGCAGAAAUGUCUUUUCUGUGCUCUUUGACUCUUUACAACAGGAAGUAAACAGGAACAAUAACUGAACCUGACCGGUGAUAAUUAAGAUAACAUACCUCUGUAUCGGUGUCAGUAACGAUGGAGGAAUAUAACUCUGGAGAUGAGGUUGUCUUCAAUGCCGACGAGGUUAAUAUCUCCGUUAAAGAGUGUAUAGAAGGUGUUAUUGGUGGAACAGAUUACAACCAGAGUAAAGUGAACCAGUGGACGGCCAGUAUAGUGGAGCACUCCCUGACUCACCUGGUAAAACAAGGACGGCCGUUCAAAUACAUAGUAAACUGUGCGGUCAUGCAGAAGAGCAGCGCUGGUCUCCACACAGCCAACUCCUGCUACUGGGACACUGCCACUGAUGGAAGCUGCACAGUGAGGUGGGAGAAUCGCACCAUGUACUGUGUGGUCAGUGUGUUUGCUGUUGCUGUGGCGCUGUGAGCUGCUCUCUCUCUCUCUCCUAACACCAUAUUGUCUGAAGCUUGAAAUGGCACGGUGACCAAGAAGCCACGAAGAUCCUCUGUAUGUACAAGUAGCUUAUUUCUCCCUACAGGCUUGAACAACUUAAUGUCAGGAUAAGAAUUGUGGUUUGCGAGUCGACAGCCUGCGUUUGUGUGAGAAAAUGUUGCUUUGUCAGGACCAAAGUCAGAAUUCAACGCUGAAGCAGUGACUUAUUUGGUCAGCAGAUGUUAAGAAGUUAAAACUAAAUAUUUUUGUCCCAAAUUUUGUAAUCUGUGUAUAACGUAAAGCCUGAUUAGUUUUAGCCAUGCUAGCAGCAAGACUCUGGGGAUGGCAGUGUCAGUCAGUCCACCACUAUGGUCCAGACUGAAAUAUGUCAACGACAAUUGGAUAUAUUGACAUUACAUUUGCUACACACAUUCAAGCCUCCAUCAGGAUAAAUUUUAAUGAGUUUGGUGAUCCUCUGACUUUUCCUCUAGUGUUAUCAUCAGGUCAAAAUUCUGAUUAGUCCAAUACUUGGAACUAAUUAAAUUUCCAUCAGCCUCAGCUCUACUUUGUGAUUAGCUUGCUGACAUUAGCCUUUAGCUUUAAGCACUGCUUUGCCGAAGUACGGCCUCAGGGAGCUGCUAGUAUGGCUUUAGACUAUUUUCAUUUGUCUCCUUCAGUUCAUUCCCUCAUAAAACAGUUGCUGUAGUUUGGUAUUUAUGAAAAGUCUGACUGUUGUGUUUUAGUAGUGUAGUGUCCUCUGUGUCCCCCCUUUUGGGACAAUGUGUCUGACUCCAAUAAAAGACCUACUGUAUAUAUCCCCGCGCAUUUGUUAAAUUGGUAUUACAUUGAUCCUAAGCAAGAGCCAAAUAGGAUAAGAUAAAGUCAGAUACAUUUGUUUAAUCAGUCAAGAGUUUCAAUACACAGAUCUGUGGGAUCACAAAGCACGCAGAGACGAAGUUUCCUUAGCAACAGACAAAAAGCUGGAGCUGGUCCACGUAUUUCUAGACUGUCGGACCUCGUGAGCCCCGAUCUAUUCUUCCCCUCAUCUCUUAUACUUUCUUUCUUGGGCCCCCUCUUCUUCUCCCGCACAGGGACUGCUAUCUUCACACAACACCUGCCAGGGUGGGGGCCACUGUAUUAUGUCUCGUCCUCAUUUGCUCUCACUCGAAGCAGUACAUUCUGUUCCUGUUUCAUUUGUUAUUAUUGCUCAAUGUACUUUGAUCAAGGCCACUGUGACCCAAACUAUCUUAUAUUUACCGCUUAAGCUAAACCAGCUGUGUGUCAGUUUCCUUUAUUUGGGCAGCACACAACUCUGUUCAAUAAGCGUACACCAAAACACACUUGGUCUCUUAUGGAAACCUUUUACAUUCUUAUUAUAUUUAUCUGCAACUAGUAAGAACAUUAUUCUACAGUAGCUACCUGACUACUUGUAUAAAGUGUCUCUACUAGUCGUUGCAGAAUUUAUAUGAAAGUGUGUAUUUCCAGGAAGAUGGGGCUGUUUAUUGGUCAGAAGGACUAAUGCACUUUUUCUAGAACUUUUCCAUAGAAAUUCUGGCAUACUUGUGUAAAACUAAGUUCAUGAAGGCUCUUUAAUAAAUUAAUUUAUUGGAACGUC